CCCUCCUAGGUCCUUCAAAAUAUUCUUCAGCCAUACAAUUUCACAACAUGUGGUGGCCAUGGAACGGUAUUCGGCCUCUGCACUCGAACGAGAUAUUGUCGUUUGUUUCUUAGUUUUCCAAGAAAUAGGUGCGUGACCAAGCAAAAUGCAGAACCCUGUUAUCGACCUUCUGGUAUCUCGACAUCUAGCCCAAUCAGCAUCACAAAAUGCUUGCAACUGCAAUGAGCCUGUGGAAGGAAGAAAAAUCCCAUUAACUCUGCUCGCGGCUUAAGAGUCGCCGAUGGCGGCAGCGGCAGCCGCAGCUUCACCCUGCAUCUUCUGCCAGAUCGCUGGAAAGCCCACCUCUACCACUCUCCUCCACACCGAUGAAAAGGUCGUUGCUUUUCAAGACAUCAACCCUGCUGCUGUAAGGCAUUACUUGGUUGUUCCAGUGGAUCACAUUCCAACUGUUAAGGAUCUUCAGAGGAGACCUGAAGACUACUCUUUGGUAAGUCACAUGUUAGAAGUGGGGAAAAAGCUAAUACAACGAGAUGCACCGCAAUGCCAUCAGUACAGAUUUGGAUUUCAUCAGCCUCCAUUGAACUCCGUUAACCAUCUUCAUCUACAUUGUUUCGCACUACCUUACACACCCAGAUGGAAGUGUAUAAAGUAUUUGUCUGUGGGAUCAAUUGGAUUUGUUGAAGCUGAAAAGCUGCUGGGCAAGAUCAAGCCUUUGCCACCAGGUAGGUCCUUGAAGCGAUACGAUCUCUACUUGUGUCAGUGCGAGGGCGGGAUAAACAAGCUCGUGAAGCUGAACGUGGCAGGGUAUGCCUGCAUUGUUAGCUUAUAAAACGCCCUUUGUCGAAGCAUUUGGUCAGACGCAUUUCUCCCAACACAAGGUGUGAAAGCAUAAGGGGAAACUUAAGACGUACAAGUUACAACCCUUCUUAAAUAUUAAUAAUUGAAAAGGCAUUAUACUAAUCUGUAUUGACGUCUGAAGGUUAAAACAAUCUGCUUGUGG